CCGGUGGGCGGGGCCAGUUGCACUCGGGGCCCCGCCCCUCCGCUCCCAUUGGUCCGUCCGCUGCCGGCGGCGCGCGCGGGGCCCGUCGGGCGGGAACCGGGAACGGGAAACGAGCGGGAGCCGCCGGGAAUUGGGAACCGCCGGGAAUUGGGAACCCCCGGGGACGGUGCCGGGAUGAGGCGCCGGCGGGGGGGCCCCGCCGCCCCGGCCGAGGCGUGCGGCGUGUGGCUGGAUACGGCCGAGCUGAAGCGCAGACCGGCGCCGCCUCUCACAGCCAAGCUAAAAGCACCCACCCGAAUUCUGGAGAGGAAACCCACCUCGGUGGUGCUCACACAGAGCAGAGCCCCCCAAACUUGCACCAAACAAACCACCAUCCCCACCUUCUUCAGCUCCCACACAGAUGAAAAAGACAAAGAAAACUCCAGGCCAUCUCCUUUCACCCCAGAUAAGGACAGUGAAGACACAGGUGUCCCUCUGGCUGCCUGCCCUGUGAAGAUCUUGGCCUUGCCACGGAUGAAAACAGCCCAGGAUCAACCCUUUGGAUCCGAGCAGGGGGUGCAGGUCACAUCCCAGGGCCGGGCAGGGAAAGCACCUUUGCCAGACUCCUUGGAGCUACAAGUGGAGUCACAGAGCCAGGGCAAAGCCUCCUGUGGGGCAGGAGGGGACUCCUGGUGCUGCAGCUUCACCCAGGACUCGGAGGACCCCCCAAUCAUCACUCACAGGAACAAAUCCCGGUUAUUUGCUGGAGAAACGGUUUCAGGAAGCAGCAGUGUCACAUCAGACUGGGGGUAACCAAACAGGAGGCCAGAAGGUGAAGGCUGGACUCGAUUUCCAGCCAGGGCUUGGUGCAAAGCAGAGUAAGAAACCAGCAGUGGAGUGUUAAUUCUUUAACUGAUUUUGCUGAGACUGAGAAUAUAAAUCCCGUGCCAGGAGCCAGGCCCUGGGUUCCUGGGGGGUUUGUUCAUCCCCACAGAGCCCAGAGAGAGCUCAGCCCCUGAGAGAGCGUGGCCAGAACACAGCAGGGGCCAGGGUGGGCUGGGACAGCCCCUGCAGGGAGCUCUUCUGCCAGGACUCGGAGGGGAACAGGGUCAUUGCUCACGGGGACAGGGACAGGGGCAUUUCCCACAGGGACAGUUCCAGCUGUGCUGCCUCCAGCCAGCCCCGGGGCAGCAGCUGGAGCUGUGCCCUGAGUUACUGUUCACACAGGAUUCUGAAGGGAACAGGGUGAUUAAACACUGGUGAGUGACCUCAGUGUCCUGUGUGGGCUCCUGUGCAGCGAGAGGGAGGAGGAGGAGUUGUCAGAAAGUUGUCAGAAUUUGGGAAGUGAACCUGCUGUGUCUGUGUGCAGGGUAUAACCAGCAGCCACAGGCAGCACCUCUCUGAUAUUUAUUUUCCUUUAAUACAAAUAAAAUGUUGAAGGAGUUUAUUUAUAAGGGGUUUGACUGCUUCACUCAGGAUUAGAGCCCACAGUACUGCCCCGUGUUCCUGUCCAGCCUGCACAUGGAGCACAUUCCCAGGCACUGGGACUCCUGGUGACAGCUCCAUCUUCUCCACAGGCAGGUGUAUCCCCACACAAAUCCUUGGGCAGAGGAGCCUUAUGGGGACAGGGAGAAGGAUCCCAGUGUUCAGGGGCUCUCAGGGUGCAUCCAGGAGGGGAGGAGCUGGAUUAACUCCCUAUAAAACUGAUUAAGCCUUCAGUGCUCUUCCUGUUCUCUGCCAUAAAAGCCUCCUCUCAUUUUUUAAGGUGGGGAUGAUGAUUUAAUUUUUUAAGGGCCAAGGGCCCUUGGUUAAGAAAAUUAAGGUGGGUUAAGAAAAAAAUCCUUGCCACCUGUGAGUCUGUUCAGCUGCAGCAGCCGAAAUUCCACCUCCCCCCAAACACGAGCGCGUUAAAUCAUCUCAAGGACAAUCAUCGUCUUAUU